GAGCGAGGCAUCCUAGUUCUGACAUAAAAGUUUGAGUAGCUCGUACAGUCUGCUUCUUUGUUCGAAAACGACGCGAGGAGAGUAAAAUGGGUGUCCAGUCGAGCUGGACAGCGGUGGGAGUGGUGUUGCUGACCAUAGUGCAACUACAGGUGGACCGAGGAGGGACGGUACUGGCACAGAACACAACACAAAGGACCACUAUCCCAACGACGGCCCAUCCUACAACCAAACUUACUGUCUUCACCACCAUUCCAACGACGAAGCACCCUACAACGCAGUUCACCACCAUCCAAACGACAAAGAAUUCUACAACCGCUCAAGUCACCACAAUUCCCACGACGAAUCAUCCUACAACUCAGUUCACCACAUUUCCAACAACUGUGAAUCAUACAACGCAAAACCUUACUACUGAACGAACAACGCAGCAAUCGACUCAGGUGACGACAGAAGAAACAACUACGGUCUACAACGGCUCAAGUCACCACGAUUCCCACGACGAAUCAUCCUACAACGCACUUCACAACCAUUCCAACGACGGUGGAUCCUACAACGCAAAAGCAUACGACUGAAAGGUCUACGCUGCUUACUACGCAGGUUACUACAGAACAAACUACAAGACCAACUACUGUAGGGACUACAGACGAGACAACAAGACA